AUGGAGGAUGCCGCGAGCCUCUAUGGCUUGAAUAAGAAAAAUCUUGUGAAGCCCCCCGAUGCAACGGUCUUGGACGAUUUGGGUGCACGGCAGCUGGCUUACACAGUCAGCUUCGUUACAUCCUCAAUGGUUGCUUCGGAUGCCUUCGAGAUUGGGGGAGAGCUGGAAGCCAAAGGAGAUUUGAAGAAGAUGCUCGGCACAAACAAGAAAAAGAGGACACCCGAGGCUCCGCCUGCGAAGGUUCCCCCGGAGCCGAAGAAAAAAAAGGAGGAGGAGGAGGAGGAGGACGAGGAGGAUAAAGAGGAGGCAUCGCCAGGCGAUGUCCCCCUGCUGCCCGACUCCGACGACUUCUCAGAGCCGGAGGGGGAACCGAAGGAAAGCGAUGAUGAUGACGAUGGUGACAAUGAUGUUUUCCGGGGCAAGUUCGCUGCUUCGAAGACGGGGCACAGUUUGGAGGAGCUGUUGAGCUCCUUGCCGGCCAGACUUGUGGCCGCGAAGGAUGAGUUUGAGGAUGCUGUCUUGAAGUCCUUGCCAUCGGAUCUGUCGAUGAGCUUUGUCUGCACGCCAUGUAAUUGCUCAGUUCGUGCAUUCAAAACAAAACAUCUCAUAGCCGAGGCCAGAUUUCUCGAACUGGUAUCGGGUGCUGCUCAAGGAGAAGCUCUUGAAGCUAGAGGAUUUUGA